GGAGAGGGUGAACCCAUGGCAGCAGGUCCCGAUUAUUUCAGUUCCAAGAAUCUCGCACUGCAAGCCCAGAAAAAGAUCCUGAGUAAAAUGGCAACCAAAACCAUGGCUAACAUGCUCAUCGAUGACACGAGCAGCGAAAUCUUUGAUGAGCUGUACAAAGUAACAAAGGAACAUACGAGAAACAAAAAGGAAGCCCAUAAAAUUAUGAAAGACCUGAUUAAAGUGGCAAUAAAAAUUGGGAUCCUGUAUCGAAAUAAUCAGUUCAACCAAGAAGAGCUGGAAAUCGUAGACAAGUUCAGGAAGAAGCUGAAUCAAACUGCCAUGACAAUUGUCAGUUUCUAUGAGGUAGAGUACACCUUUGACAGAAAUGUUCUUGCAGAACUUCUGAAUGAGUGUAAAGACCUUGUGCAUGAACUGGUAGAUCGACACCUGACGCCGAGAUCCCACGGGCGCAUCAACCACGUCUUCAACCACUUUGCGGAUGUGGAGUUUCUAACUGCCCUGUACAGUCUUGAUGGGGAUUGUCGGCCAUACCUCAAAAAGAUCUGUGAUGGCAUCAACAAACUACUUGAUGAGAAGGUCCUUUGAAACUACGCUCCAAAUCAACAAACCAACCAAAA